AGGAGGAGAAACAGGGAAGGAGGAGCAGGAGCUAAGGGCAGAGGGAGUCCGGGGGGCGGCGGGAGGGGCGGGGCGGGAGCGGCCAGGCAGCCAGAAGGGCGGGCAGCUCAGGGCCGCGGCAGUCAGGCUGGUCGGGCGGCAGUGUCGGGCAGACCUGGUGGUGAGAGCAUCUACCUCGCCGCUCCUGCACCUUCCCGCUCCGCCCCUCCGCCUCCUGUUGCUGCGUCCCCGCCACCCACUCCACCCGGAGCUCACCGUGCCCAGGGCGAGGGCUUCAGGCCAGGGGCAGGGCCUCCACGACCCGCUGCGGCCACAGGUGCCUGCUGCUGCCCACGGCCGCGCAAGAGUGACGUCCCUCGCAGUAGAUGCUGACGGAGCGCCGCGCCCCGGCAGGUCGGUCAGGUGUGUGGGCUCGCAGAACACCGGGUUACGCUUCACUACCUGUACCUGUGACGUGUGGGAGCGACUCAGGCCCUCGGUGGACUCUCCCUUCACUCUCCCUUGACUGUGAUUCGAGGUGAGGCGUCCCGCGUCUGCCAUCGUUCCCCCUUCAUCCAGUCAGCCAGUCAAGAGGUGCAGGGAACAUGAGAUUGACUGACGCUGCCUCUAACGCCGGCCUUGAAAUGUGUGAAGUGGUGCGGAGAGUGUGAAGUGCCCGAGUGAGUGUGUGUGGCGAGUGUGCGUCGAGUGUGCGGUGCGUGUCGGUGCUGGUGCCUGUGUCGCGGCGUGGUGGUGGUGGUGGCUAGUGCCGGUGUUGGUGACGUGCUUGUGAGGGGCUCUGCGUGGGCGGGCAGCGGCAAGGAGGGACCAGCGAGAAGAAGAGGAGGAGGAGGAGGAGGAGGUGCCAUGAGUGGGAGUCCGACGCAUGCCUAGGUGCUCUUCCCGCCUCCUCCCGCCACCAGACCGCCCAAGACCGCGCCAGUCCCCCACGCGACGCUCCAGCUUUCGCCCAUCGCACCUGCCUGCCUCCCGCACACCUGUGGACACUCGCUCGCCGCCCACACCUGAGUGCCCCACCGGAGAAUGUGACCUCAUGUGUUGUGUGCCUCAGAAGGUCACCCCAAAGACUAGGCUGUGAACGUUGACCUGUGUGGGUGUGCGGCGUGUCUUCGGCGUCUCUCUGGUGGACUUUGCGUCUUGGUGUGAGAUCCAGCGGUCAUGGCCCCGCGCAGCACCAACAGUAACCCAACACAGGAGCAACAGCAGGCGUGGCGGCGACGUGGCUGGGGCGCCCGCUGUGACGCCCUUCGGCAGGCAACAGAAGAGUCUUGUUGCCCCGCGGUGAUGGCCCAGAAAGGCAGGCACACGGCCGGGCGCAGCACAGCCUACCCCAGCGAAGGAGCCGCGUCCCGGGAUCCCAGAAUAGCCUCGUCAAGCCUUUGUGUCGAGGCGAGGCUUCCACCCUGCCCGGCCUCGACCUCAGCCGCGGAAGGAAGUUUGGCGAUGGCGGCGGAGGCGAUGGCGAGGGGCGGGGACAAGGGUGCAGCUGGCGCGCCUGACGUUUCAUGCAGGCCUCAGGAGGGUUGUGCCCCGGCGCUGUGUCGUGGAGGGCCCCCCGCCGCCCCGCCCUCACGCCCCCCCGCCCCGCUCAUAUCAAAAUUGGACUCAUCUGAAGUGCUUGCAUCCCGCGGCCACUGGACCAUGCCCCGCCCGGCCUUCGCGCUGACCUCAAGGCCCCGCCACCUCCACGCCCCUCCCCCAAGGCCGCCCCACGCCCACUGCCUCCCUCCACGAUGGUUUCUGCUGGCGGCUGGCUUGGUCCUCCUCCACCUGCUCUCCGGCGUGCCCUCAGCCCAGGCCCACGUGCAGGGUGAAUCAAUGCGCUGCCACCAGGAGGGAGAAGCCAUACCUGUUCCACCUGAAGUCGAGAAGGACAACCCGUGCAUCUCCUGUUCCUGCCAGAACAAGAUCGUGGUGUGCAGGAAGGAGCCGUGCCCGAGCCUCGAGGGUUGCUACUGGAAGAUGAUGCAAAGUCCCCGUCAGUGUUGCCAGCAGUGUAAAGGUUGCAUCCACGAGGGCGUCUGGCACCCACACGGAGCUCGCUGGGCACAGAACGCCAGCCACUAUCACUGCCUCUCGGGCGUACUCACCGUCACUCAGACCCACUGCCACCUGCCCUGUGACUCACCCCUGGCUGCACGCGACGGGGCCUUCUGCCAGAGCUGCCCAGGCUGCUGGCUCGAGGGUCGCCGAGUGCAGGAGGGCGAGACGGUAUCCUCCCGCGCCGACCCCUGCGUGUCCUGUACCUGCUCCGGGGACCGCCUCACCUGCCAGAAGAGGGCGUGCCCCGUGCUCUCCUGCCCCCCUGCCCGCCGCGUCCUGGCCCCGGGGAGCUGCUGUAUGACCUGCACGGGGUCACGGGAGCUCAUCACGCCGCCGGGAGAGCGCUGCUUCCUCAACGGCUUCCUCUACACCACUGGCAUGGAGCGUAACCUCGACCACUGCACCGCCUGUACCUGCCACCAGAGCUACAUCACCUGCCAGCGCACCACCUGUCCCGUGCUGAACUGCCCGCGCGAGGACCAGCUGACCCCCGAGGCUGAGUGCUGCCCCGUGUGCGUGAAGAAGCAGUACAGCGGAAAGGCGGAGAACUGCACGAUCCACGGUAUGACGCGGCGUAACGGGGAGCAAUGGCAGUUGGACCAGUGCGCCACCUGUACCUGCGCUAAUGGGAAUGUGGCUUGCGAGUUCAUGGAGUGUCCUUACAUGAAUAAGCCCUGCCCGCCUGGAUUUAAGCGCGUGGAGUUGGAGCAUGAGUGUUGUCCGCGCUGCGAGGAGGCGCCGGGCGUGUGUGUGGUGUUCGGCGACCCGCACUACCGCACCUUCGACGGGAUGCUCUUCAACUUCCAGGGGGCGUGCAAAUACACCCUGGCGGAGACGUGCCGCGGCGUCCCCAAGUCUGGCAGGUUCAGUCUCAAGGUGAACAACGAUGCGCGCCGCUCCAACAACUUCUCCUGGACCAAGAGUCUGACCAUGCGGCUGCCCAACACGAAGGUGAAGCUGUGCCAGAAGCUCCGCGUGAAGGUGAACGGUACGGUGGUGAAGCCGCCCUUCCACGCCCCCGGGGUGCUGAGCCUCACCAGGGAGGGCCGCGCCGUCACCCUGGCCACGCCCGACGGUGUACGCAUCCUCUGGGACGGGCUGAGCUACGUGGAGGUGGAGGUGCCUCGCUCCCUCCAAGGCCAGACAUGCGGGCUGUGCGGUAACUACAACGGGAAUUUGACGGACGACCUGACCACGAAGAGGGGCUUGCCGGCGGGGUCGAGUUCCCAGAUGGCUGUGUCUUGGGCUGUGGGGCGUGCCAGGCGGUGCUCCAACAGGAUGAGCCGACACAACGCCUCCCACAGCGGGCCCAGACGAAGGAUGCAGCGGCUCACGUGUUCCGAGGCUCACCGGCCGGGGCAGAACGAGUGUGGGCUGCUGAAUAGUACGGUUUUCGAGCCCUGCCACGCCGUCAUCCCAUACGACAAGUUCUACGAGUCGUGUAUGCUGGACAUGUGUGAGUGCCAGCCCCCGCGGAAAUGUGAGUGUGACACCCUCCAAGCCUACGCCAGACAGUGCCAGCGCGCGGGUAUCGAAGUGGCGGACUGGCGGAAGGUCAGCGGCUGUGGAGGCCUGCUAUGUCCCCACGGCGCCAAGUACAUGGACUGCGCCCCGUCGUGCCGCGCCACCUGCCGCAACCCGACGCCGAACCCGAAGUGCCACAAGAAGAGGUGCCGCGCUGGGUGUUACUGCCCGCCCCCCACCGUCCUGCACCGCGGCGCCUGCAUCCCCGCCGCCGAGUGCAGGAAGGGCAAGCGGCGACGAAGGAACCGCCGUAGGAAUCGUUGAAGUAAAGCGGCUGGUCGGGCGGGCAAGAGCGGGGUGACUGAGGUGCUGGUGGCGGUGGCGGAGGUAGUGACGGUGUUGGUGGUGAUGGUGAUCGUGACGGGAGGGCUGUGCUAGAGGAGGUGGAGUCUGCGGCGAAUCUGUGGCGAAUGUGUGGCACCUUCCCGUCUGUGUGUGCGUGUGUGUGUGUGUGUGUGUGUUUGUUUCUGUGUGUGCGUGUGUGCUUGUUAGGCGCCCUGGCGGUGGUGGUGACGCAGUAUUACCAGAUGAAAAGAAAGAAAACAACCUCACCAGAUAUUAUACUCCCAGUCAUUCCCUUCGGUCACUGGGGACACGCUCGCCUUGCGCUCGCUUGUCCAGCCAAUCACGGCAAAGCAGGCGGUGGAGGGAGACUUCUGAUUGGCUAAGAACAUUCAGCAAUAGAUGACGCCAGGCGGGAGAGUGUGAUGGAGAACUGCAGCUGAUCUCAAGCGUGUGUGUGUGUGUGUGUGUGUGUGUGUCAAUUACGCAUUCACAUUUCUGGUUGCAUGUCAAAGUUUUCUAUCCUAUACGUAUUGCUUGUGUAUUGAUGGUAGUUGACACCCCAUUGUAGUGUGUGUGUGUGUGUGUGUGUGUGUGUGUGUG